AUGGGGUGUGACUAAUCAAAGCAUAAAAAGAAAUUACCAAAGAAGAAUUGGUAGAUACCUGAAGCUCCUAUGGCAUUUGAUAAAAUUCAAAUAUCUCCUUAGAAUUUCCAAGACUUAUCAAUCAAAUCUGAGGAGGACAUUUUUGCCAUCGUUAAAUCAGGAGAUUAUUAAAAGCUUGACUAUCUUUAAAAGAAUCUAGACUUAAAGAAUCUUAUUAGACUAAGUGGACACAGCGAUGAAACUAAGAAAAAAUAGCCAGACCUUUAAAAAAUGACAGAUUUUAAGCAUUGGAAUAUGCUUCACUUUGCUAUAUACUAUUAAAGACUCACAAUGGUAAGAUAUCUAGUAGAAUAGCAAGGAUUUCCUCUAAAAUAUGCUUUAGCUGAUCCGCUUAAACCUUAAGAUGUAGUUUUUGGCCUUAAGAUUGCUGUCUUAGGUUCAAGUAGAGAUAUACUCGAAUAUCUAUGGAACCAAUAUUAUACCUGGAAUCUUAAUGAUUUUAGCGAGAUUAUUUCCUUUAUUGCAACCACUAAUAAGAUGGAACUAAUUGAGACUAUUGUACAAUCAUAUACACUCUAAUAGAUUUUUAGAUAUGAUUCCGGCUAAUAAAUCUUUGAUAUAGCUACCUAAUGGAGCUAAUUUGCUUAAAAAUAAAUAUAUGAGAGUUCACAGUAUAGAUUUAUUAUAGAAAGCAUUCCAUAAAUGGCUCUACACCUUCUAUUUAUUGCAUUUGAAUCUAUGGAUAAAUAGGAAAUCAGCAGAUUGUCCAAAGCAUAUCAAAAUACACUAACGAUUGAGAUCUUUAGCAUGUUCAAAGAGAAAAAUCCAGAUCUCUUAAGUAGUAAAAUGGAAAAACAUUUAAAUGAGAAGCAUCCCAUAUUUACAAAAUUAAGAGAUUUAAGCGCACAGUAUGACGAGCAAAUGAAAGACUAAAAUGUAGAAAUUGCAUAGAGACAAAGCUUAUCCACUUAUUUUGAUAGGAACCAACUUCCUUAAUUCUUUAAAACUAUAAAGUCGUCUACCCAAUUUUAUCACUUCCAAGAUGAAAAAAUAACAUAAGCUUUGAGGAAUGUAGUAUCAGAAUAUGAAGUUUAUCUACUUUCAAAACCAUAAUUUACUGUAUAUCAUGAUAUAUUGUUCAAUGGUAAGUAUGAAGAUGAUCUGGAAGAACUUCUUGAGCAGUCAAUGAAAGUCGGCAUAAAUUUCAAUCAUGGAUUAGAAAUCAAUGAUAUUCAGCACACAUUUGACGAUCCUGAGGCUCAGAACCUCGUUAAAUUCAGCUAUGAUAUAUGUCUCAAGAUAUGCCUUCAUCUUAAAAAUAGGCAAGCAUUAUUAGCACUCCUUAGUUUAGAGCAUUUCUGGACGAAGGAACAUAUAAAUUCAGUAUUAAGUUUUAUAAUAGAAAGGAUUGAGUCUUUUAACAAUCAUCCACACAUAUUAGAAGAAUUCUUCUGCUCGAAUGUAGUACAGAAGUAUAUCUAAUCAAUCAAAAUAUAAGAAAGAAUAUCUUUACUAUCAGGGAAAUUUCAUAUAUUUGAGAGAUAUCCGAGAAUCAUUCAAUCAUCAGCUUUUAGUUUAUCUUAUAUCAAUCUACAUCUAAACAAGGAAACAUUUAUAAAGACAUAAAAUUUCUAAGUGCUUUUAAUGAUUUUAGAAUAAACUGAUUUCUUCGAACUAAAUGAGCUAUUAAAAUCAAACACAAAAAAUUUUGAGAGAUUACUACGGUGUAUUUACAUAUAAAACAAAAAGACUGAAAAAUAUAGAGAAGGAAUGAAGAUUGUAAAUCACCUCAAGAAAUUGCCUGAAUGGGUAAAUAUCAAGGUAAGUACUGAACCUGAGAAGUCAGAGUAUUUUGAUGAUUCUGAUAUCGAGAAUAUAGUUGAUGAGGAUUAGAUCUAGAUAUAGUUCUAAUCUUAAUCUACCUAUUAAGCAAAACAUACUAGUGUAAAUCGACUUGAAAAAUUGGCUCAUUAUAUUAACACUGCUGAUGAACUCGAGAUGCUUUAGCUUUACAAAGAAAAUAAAUCUAUUGAUGCUUUAUUCGUUAAAACAAGUAAUCAAGAUACAGUAGAAAUCUAUAGUACUAGAUAUGAUGAGAGUGAAGACAUUCCUUACAGUAGUUUGAAUGUUGUUCAGCUUACUGUAGCUAUGGAUCUAAGUGACACUACUCUAGGCUACUUCUUGAAAGACCAUAAAGUUCUUAACUACCUCAAUUAAUUAAAAGGAGUUCCUGGUUCUAUUCUAAUACUCAAUAACAAUGAAAGAUUUGAAGAUGGAGCAAGCCUGAUCCUUAGAAUGCUGAUAUCUUGGGCUAGAAUUAGUCCACUUAAUUCUAUUCUAGAAGGAUAUCCUAGCAUUUGGACUUCUCAUAAUUUGUUGACUGCUCUUUAGGUCAUGAUAGUUAGAUAAGAAUCAGAUUUCAUAGAAAGAUUAUUGGAUAUGUCAAUCACCCAUGAUUUACUGCAAAAUUCUUCUUAAUUAAUGAGAGACAAAUUUAUCUAAGAAAUUGGAUCUCUCUAAGGUUCAGCCUAUGAAUAUAUCUAUCAGUAAUUUGAGCAAAGUGGAUAUCUUGAGAGAUUAACAAAAACGCAUCAACUUGAUCAUAUUUUUCCUGCAAUCUAAGAUGACAAUAUUGAAUAUUUAAAUACUCAGAUAACUGAUAUGAGAGGUAUUGGGGAUGUUUUAAUGAAUGAAUAGGAAAAUUUCUUUGUAGAUGGUUUACUUAUCAAUGGUCAGCCUGCCAUAAUUUAAUAGUUCAACAUUAUUCUUCUCUGCAUAAUCUAUGAAUCUUCUAUGUGCUUACAAGAAUUAUUAACCAGAUAUCCAUAAGCCACAAGAGAAGCCCUCAAAGGUCAUGACACUUCAGACGACUAAAAAAUAAACAUAAGAGGAUUUGAAUUUGAUACACUUGGAGUGGCUCUUUUAGCAUUCCUUAAUAAAUCUGAAAUACUUACCAUACUUCUCAAGCAAGAAGGGUUCAUCCCUUCUCACAAAGACUUUUAGUCCCUGAUCAAAGCCUAUUAAAGUACUAAUAAUAUGACUGCUAUUGGCUUAAUAACUAAAUCCUUUAACAUGCAGAUAGUUUACGCCUCAAUGGACUAUGAAACUAAGUAAAAACCAUUUACUAGAGAUUUAAAUAUUAUCAUAAGACCUUUUUUGACAACAAAGCUUGCACUUAUUCUUGAAAAAGAUUUAAGCCUGCCUUAAGAUGAAAAAGUAUUACUUGAAAUACUCAAAGGAAUGUCCUCUGAUGAUUAUAGAAUUCUUAUUUAUAGGGAAAAGGAGAUUGUAUAAAAAGUAAUUGAGAUGUAUGAGGAUCAUAAAAUUUAGAAUAAGACUUUACAAAACAUUCUAAAUAAAAUAUAAGCCCUUAUUUAAAGGGAUAAAUUGAAUGGAAACGAUGAUGAAUGA